AUGGCUGAUGUUUUACUUAGAACCGUAAUUCAAAACCUCGGAUCUUUUGUUCAAGAGGAGCUUGCAUCCUUUUUGGGUGUUGGGGAAUUGACCCAAAGGCUAUCCGGAAAUCUCACUGCAAUUCUGAAGUCAUGUUGUGAAAGACUGGCUGAUGCUGCUCAUGUUCUUGAUGAUUUAUUGGACGAAUGUUCAAUAACAUCAAAAGCACAUGGAGACAACAAGUGCAUCACCCGUUUCCUUCCUAAGAAGAUUUUGGCUCAGCGUGACGUUGGAAAGAGGAUGAAGGCGGUUGCUAAAAAGAUUGACGUUAUUGCUAAAGACAGGAUGAAGUAUGGAUUGCAAGUGGGAGUAACAGAAGAGCGUCAACGAGGUGCUGAUGAGUGGCGCCAAACUACUUCUGUCGUCACCGAACCUGUAGUAUAUGGAAGGUACAUAUAUAAAGAGCAGAUUGUAAAGUUUCCUCUAAAGCAUACUACUGACAAAGAAGAACUCUCUGUCUAUUCCAUUGUUGGCCUAGGUGAAUAUGGAAAAACAACACUUGCUCAAUUAGUAUACAACAAUGAAAGACAUGAUGAAGGUUUUAGAGCCGUCAUAGAAGACACAAUUGGAAAAAAUCCAGAUCUCUCAUCUUUGGAGUCAAUGCGAAAGAAGGUUCAAGAAAUUUUCAAAACAAAAGGUGCAUCAAUUUUGGUCACUGCACGACUUGACAUUGUUGCAUCCAUCAUGGCAACUUAUCAUGCUCAUCGUUUAACACGCUUAUCUGAUUCUGACAUCUGGUCUUUGUUCAAACAACAAGCUUUCAGAGAAAAUAGAGAAGAACGUGCAGAGCUUGUGGAAAUAGGCAAGAAGUUAGUGAGAAAAUGUGUGGGUUCAACUCUUGCUGCUAAAGUAUUGGGAAGCAGUUUGCGAUUUACAAGCGACGAACAUCAAUGGAUUUCUGUACUGGAAAGUGAGUUUUGGAAUUUAACUGAGGAUGAUCCUAUCAUGUCUGUUUUGAGACUAAGCUACUUUAACUUGAAAUUGUCCUUGAGGCCAUGUUUUACCUUCUGCGCUGUUUUUCCCAAGGAUUUUGAAAUGGUGAAGGAAAAUCUCAUUCAUCUUUGGAUGGCUAAUGGACUUGUUACAUCUAGAGGAAACUUACAGAUGGAGGAUGUUGGUAAUGAGGUAUGGAAUGAAUUAUACCAAAGGUCAUUUUUUCAAGAAGUUAAAUCAGAUUUUGUUGGUAACAUUACAUUCAAAAUGCAUGAUUUUAUCCAUGAUUUAGGAGGAAAUCUACACAUCAAAGUCCUUGAGAAUGUAUCGAAUGAAGAGCAUGCUAGAGACGCUAAUUUGAUUGGCAAGAAGGACUUAAAUCGCUUAUAUUUGUCAUGGGGUGGUUAUGCUAAUUCACAAGUUAGUGGUGUUGAUGCUGAGCGAGUACUGGAUGCUCUUGAGCCUCAUUCAGGUCUUAAGCAUUUUGGGGCAGUUUCCUCCAUUUGGGUGUUGGAAGUUGAAGGAGUAGAGAUGCUGCCACAACCUUUGAAGUUAAAUAUAAUAAAUGUCCCCAAGCUUACACUGUCGUCCCUUCCAUAUGUUGAGUCACUUACUGCUAGUGGAAGAAAUGAAGAGUUAUUGAAGUCCAUUUUUUACAACAAUUUCAGUGAAGAUCUAGCUUCCUCCUCACGGGGAAUUGCUGAAUCUCUUAACAUUGAUUCUUGUCAUGAAAUGGAGUCCUUUUCGGAGCAAUUGUUGCAAGGUUUGAGUUCUCUUCGAAAAUUGUCAGUUCGUUCAUGUUCUAGAUUCAAAUCCCUACCCGACGGUAUGAGACACCUUACUUCUCUUGUAAUCGGUGACUGUUCACAGUUCGUUUUUCCACAAAACAUGGACAGUCUAACUUCCCUUCGUCAACCGGAAGUCUUUGGGGACUGUUUGGGUGCCAUGACUUCUGUACAAGAAUUACAAAUUUAUGGGUUUUCAAAGUUAAGUUCAGUACCAGACAACUUUCAGCAACUCCAAAACUUGCAAAUGUUAUGUAUUGAUCGUUGCCCUAUGUUGGAGAAGAGAUGCAAGAGAGGAAUAGGUGAAGAUUGGCAUAAGAUAGCUCACAUUCCUCGAUUUGUAUUGAAUCGAGAAUUGCAAUCUGAUGUAGAACAAACAAAACCAACUAUAUGUGAGAAUAUCAAAUCAGCAUGGAAGCAAUUCUGGCACCGCCCAUCUCAAUACCCUGACUUUACCUACGGUGAAUUUGACUGGAUGAUUGAAAAGGAAGUCGAUAGCAUAUAG